CGCGACUGUCCAAGCCGGGGCUCGAAACGGCAACCUUCUGAUUACAAGGUGAACUCCCAACUCUUGAGUCACGAUCGCCCUUGCCAAAAGAUGUGAUGGAUUCAGUAAAGCUGAUUCCAAAGCCAAAAGAGCCACUGCUUCUCCCAAAACCAGGUGGUGAUGGCUGCGUGCGCUGUGCUGUGGUAGGUACUGGAGGAAUCCUGAACGGCUCAAAGAAGGGGGUGGAAAUCGAUGGCCAUGAUUACGUUUUUCGGAUGAAUGGUGCCAUCACUAAGGGUUAUGAGGAAGAUGUAGGAAACAAAACAUCGGUUUACGUUCACACAGCCCACUCCAUCACGACAUCACUUUACUUGCUCAAGAAGUACGGGUACAAAUCUGCCCCUCAUGACGAGGGUAUAAAAUAUGUGUUGAUUCCAGAGGGGAUGAGGGAUUUCCAGUGGCUAAAGGCUCUUCUGAGAGGAGAAAAGGUCUCUGCUGGCCCAUACCGCAAUAAACUACCAAGGACCUACUAUUCAGGGCAAUACAAUGAAAGUCGUUUCUACGUUCUGCACCAGGACUUCCUCCGAUAUGUGCGGAACAGGUUCUUACUGUCACCUAAUCUGAAUAAAACAUCCUGGUUUUUGGUCAGACCAACCAACGGGGCAUUCACUGUCUUCUUGGCUCUGCACACCUGUGACAUAGUGGAUGCAUAUGGAUUUAUGACUGACGAUAACUACUAUGUUGAGAAAAACAUGAGCAAAGUCAUUUUCUACCUCAACCAUGACUACAUUUUGGAGAAGAAUACAUGGAAAGACCUUCAUAACAGGAAAAUAAUCAGGCUGUAUGAAAGAACUGAGUCAAAAGCAAAGAACUAAAAGCAACACUGACAUGAUCAAGAUUUCUGAUUACCAGAUUUAAAAAACAACUAUGUGUACUUUCCAAAGACUGAGACAAUAUGUGAUGCUCAGUUUUACUCAUUAUGGUAGCUGGUUUUAUUUUUCUGCAACUCCUUUUGUGGUUUUAUCAAAAGCAAAAGACGAUCGAGCAGUAAUAUCUCAUUAAUGAUGCAAACUAAACCAUCCAAAGCAAAGAUGCUAUGAUUAUUAUCACUCAUGUUAUUUUAAUGUGCAUCUCUGUGGGUAAAUUUCCAUAGAUUAAAAUCAAGCAUCGACAACAGCUGGGAUUGAGUCAAGAGCAUUAAUGCAGAUGAACUCUUUGCCUCUUUUUUUUUUUUUUACUAUUGGUUUAAUUUGGUCACGUUGAAGGGUUUUCAGCAUAAAUGGCCUGUUUUAAGUUAUGCCAACAUUGUAGUUUAGAAAUUAAGUAGGAAACUCUAAAAUCUUGUAAUCUCUAAAAUUUUUUGGACAUUCAGAUGUGGAGUUGGGGUGUGUUUUGGAUCUUUGUCCAAAUUCUGCAUAACCAAAGUGUGCUUGAGCUCCAGAGCAUUCAUAGCUAUAUCACUUAUUGGCUCUGACAAUCACGUUACCACAACUAUGUUUGCCUGUUAAUUUUAUUGAAGUGCUGUGUUAGUAGCUUGUCAGAUGUGAUGGGACGCAAACCUUCCAAAUAUUUCUGAUUUUCUCUCAUCAGUCCAAAAAAUAUUUUCAAAACAACUCUUGGGGCUCAUCAACAUGUUUUUGGCAAAUAUGUGAUGAGGCUUUUUUUUUGGUCAGCAGUAGUUUUCUUGAAUCAGUAGGCAGUAAUCGGGCCUUGGUCUGGUUAGUAAAUUUGUGGUUAAUCAAAGUUAAUUCAUGAUUUAAAAAGCUGGGGCAAUUCCUUUUUUACUUGGGACCAGGUAGGUUUGGAUAUUUUUUCCCCUUUAAUAAAAUAUUUGUAUUUAACUUUUGUUAAUUUAUUCUAUUAGCAUCUUUGUAUAAUAAUAAAAUGUGUUCAAUGAUCUGAAGUAAGGCUGACAAAUAUGCAAAAAACAAAAUCAGCAAGAGGGCAAAUACCUUUUCAUAGCACCGCAUGCAUAGCUGGACUGGCCAUCGGGCAUACCGGGCAUUUGCCUGGUGGGCCGAUGGUGAUUUUU